AUGCCUGAAUACCAUAGUUCAUCUCUCCUGUCCUUGAAAUCUGAACAAAGAAGCUUCAACUCGCAAGUCAGAACUCCCUUUAACCAUUGUGUCUCUAGGCAAAGUGCUGAACCCUCAGCUUAUGCAAUGAACCUCAAUGUGCCUGAACAGGAUACGAGCAAUUCCAACAACUGCUACAUGGAAGGAAAUAAAACAAACCAGCUUCAUGCGCACCUGAAAGGGAAUUUCUUCGAGGAUUCGGUGCCAUCCUAUUCCAGCAGGGCCAUUAUUUCACAGUUUCUGGAGAAAGCUUCCAAGAAGAAGAAUUCAGCAGAUCAUGAGCUAAUCUUCUCUGCAAGGAACCUGUCCUGUUCCACUGCUGACUCAUUUCAGGAGGAGAGAAACAAUAACUUCUCCAAAGAUGGUGGGCAGGAUCUCGGCUCGUCUUUCAGUCAGCAUCAUACUACGAACCCAGGUGAAGGGGAUCGAUUGUUUAAUGAACAUUUGCAAGCAAAGAGGGCAAGAGUAGAGAACAUCAUCCGAGGAAUGAACAGUUCUCCAAAUGCCAACCUUCCCAACAGUGAGCUCGAGAGGGAGAGUGGUCAAAGGCGAGGAAGUUUGAUGAGCCUGUACAAAGAGAAUAAGCGGAAGCAGAGACUUCCACAGCAGCAGCAACAGCAGGAGGAGAAUCCCAGGAGGAGUCCCGGACUAGCUUCAUCCCUGAAGCAGCUCAGGAGAGAGGAGUGCCAUAGACUGAAGCAGCAGCUCCAGGAAAUGCAGGAAAAGCUCCUUGAACUUCAGGAAAAGUUUUUCCAGGUAUAUGAUGCCAGUGAAUCAGAACAUGAGGACCAAGAGGACACGUCUGACUCCAGUUUCCAUUUGGGUAGUACUGAGAAUGGAGGAAAUGCUUCGGAAAGGUAUCACGGUAACCUUUCAGACAUGGACCAAGGUCUCUGUGUUGACUAUGUUCAGACAAUUAGCCAUGAGGAAGAACUGACAACAGGAAAGGAAGCAAAUAAACAUUAUGAUGUGAACAAAAAAUUCAACCAUUGUAAUCAUUUUGGUUUCUCUUUAGUGGAGGGUGGAUAUCUCGCAGAAUCUCUUAAAUAUGAACUAACCAAUGCAGUGGCUCACAUUGUAGACUCGGCCGUACAGUUGUUCUCUGUUAAACCUUCCACCACUUCUUCUCAGUCACUUCAAAGCUUGCCAGCCGCCAGGCCCAAGAGCACCACACAAAGUGAGAAUACAAACCUAAGGAUGACAAGUCACGAGUUUCAGUGCCCUCAAGAUUCGGUGAUGAUGCAUCGAUACUUUGACAACUGUCGAGACCCCUGUACCUUCGAAGUUCAUGAUCAGACAGAAGCGAUACCAUUGGUGGUGAGAAAGUCACCCCAAAGCCAGCCUAAUCUUGUUGGUCCAAUUAUUAAACAGGCCUGUCAAAUGCCUCAUAACAAACCACCUUUAACAUUAGUUCUGGACUCCCAGAUGUCUCUGACUGAAUUGCCUGAGCCUAUUUUGAGAUACAACGUGCAGAAUGACAUGGGACAUAACUUCGCUGUAACUGCAAAAGACAAUGUUGCUUCUAAACCAACGUGCCUUUCAUGGGAUACUGUCAAACUAAGGUCAAAGGUUACCUCGCAUCACACAGCACAUCAGUCGUACCCAGGCUUCCGGCAAAAGCCAGCAGAGAACCUCGGUCUUUCUCACAUCAAGUCUGAAUGUGGGGAGCUGCAAUCCAUGGUGGAGGUCACUCCAUACUCCCUGGCAACUAUUCAGGAGGGAUUAACACCUAAUCACUUGAAAAAAGCCAAACUGAUGUUCUUCUAUACUCGAUACCCCAGCUCAACCACACUGAAAACAUACUUUUCUGAUGUUAAGUUUAAUAGAUGCAUCACCUCUCAGCUCAUCAAAUGGUUCAGCAACUUCCGUGAGUUUUACUACAUCCAGAUGGAGAAGUUUGCUCGACAGGCUGUAAACGACGGUAUAACUGAUGCCACUGACCUAAAGGUGACGAGGGACUCUGACCUUUACCGAGCUCUCAAUGGACAUUAUAACAAGGCCAAUGAUUUUCAGAUCCCUAAGGAGUUUUUGGAAGUUGCUGAAGUGACUCUACGGGAGUUUUUUAAUGCAGUGAAAUCUGGGAAAGACUCGGACCCUUCUUGGAAAAAAAGCAUUUACAAGGUGAUCAGUAAACUGGACACUGAGGUCCCCGAAAUGUUUAAUUCUCAGGGAUGCCUGCAAGACAUCCUGUAUGAUUAG